AUGAACCAAGUCAAACUGAUCGAUGACAAACAUCAUUUCUUCUCCAUCUUCAUCACAAUGUUGGCCCUGCCGUGCUCUCUCCAGGCCUUACCGAGGACAGACCCUCCCAUCCAUCCUGGCCACCCCUUCCUGUUCAUGUGGAACGCCCCGACCGAGCUGUGCGAUAUCCGCUUCGGCAUGCCACUUGACCUCUCCUACUUCCACUUUGUCAGCAGCACUCUGAAGACAGCAACCGACCAGAGCAUCUCCAUAUUCUACACUGACCGCUUCGGUAUCUUCCCCUAUGUGGACGAAGACACUGGCGAGAUGUACGACGAGGGCCUGCCACAGCUCAUAGACCUGCAAGAACACCAUGACCUGGCUAAGCAAGACAUUGAGUACUACAUCCCUGACGACCAGCAGGGCCUUGCUGUGCUUGACUUUGAGGAGUGGAGGCCACAGUGGGUUCGAAAUUGGGGAAGCAAGGACAUCUAUCGACAGAUUUCUAUCGAAACAGUCAAGAAGAGGAAUGUGUCGUUGUCCGAUGACGAGGCAGAGGAAAGGGCAAAGAUCGUGUUCGAACGUGCAGCCAAGAGGUAUUUUCUCCGAUCUAUCCGCACUGGGAAGAAGCUGAGGCCCAACAGACUCUGGGGUUACUACCUGUACCCCGACUGCUACAACUACGACUACAACCAGGACAUGGCUGGUUAUACUGGAGAGUGUCCUGCCAUCGAAAACAACAGGAACGAUGAACUCCUGUGGCUCUGGACAGAGUCCACAGCGCUCUAUCCGUCCAUUUACCUGGAGCUGGUGCUCAGAGACUCCCAGCAGGCAAAGCUGUUCGUCCGGCAUCGCAUCCAGGAGGCCAUCAGGGUGUCAAUGCUCCCAAACAGCUCCUACUCUAUUCCCAUCUACGCCUACAUCCGUCCGGUGUACAAGGACAGCAUCGAUGACUACAUGUCAGAGUUUGAUCUGGUGAACACCAUCGGAGAAGCUGCUGCACUCGGUGCCGCCGGCGUAGUUUCUUGGGGUGACAUGAACGUCACCGACACAGAGGACUCCUGCUUAGAUGCUCGACACCACCUGGAGCGGGUCAUGAACCCAUACAUCCUGAAUGUCUCCACAGCAACACAACUCUGCAGCGAGGCACUAUGUCAGCGCCAAGGUCGCUGUGUGAGGAAGCACUGGGAGGAAGACGUCUACCUCCACCUCGACCCCAUGCGUUACCGGAUCCAGCAGCAGCGCCGCGGUGGCCCACUGACUGUGAGUGGUAGCCUCUCCCAGGAUGACAUCAACUGGUUUGACCGCAACUUCGACUGCAUGUGCUACAGCGAGGAGCCGUGCAGAUCGGUCCUAACGGUCAACGCCAUCAAUGAGGCUUUUAUCACCACGAGGGAUCAAGCUGCUGACAGGCCCCGUCCCCUCCUGGCGGUGAUAAUGCUACUGUGUCUGAAGUCUGCUGUGAUGUAAAUAUAAAUGAAUAACACAAAACUGAUACCUGUGAUACAGAGCAUGUGGUUGCAGGCAGUUAAAAGACAAUUCCACUGUUCACUGUUCACCUUGUUUUUUUCUUGUUAUUUCUGACUGU